CAGCAUCGAUGAAUCCCAGAGUGCGUACACUGCUCCCAAUACAAAGACGCCUUUCAAGUUUAUUGAUAUUUUUGCAACAACGAUGGCGACUCGCAAAAUAUACUACAUGUUCCACUAUAGAAAAUCUCGUUGCUAAUGAUGUAAAAGAUAUUCGUUUAUUACGAAUUGCUCCACAAGAAGGAUGUAAAAUUGCCUUACCGAUGGUAAAUCUUGGAGAAUAUCUCACUAGUAAUAGUGUCAGCUUGAAUUCGUAUGAAAAACGUCUUGGUCUUAAGAGCUCGAGAGUGGAUUUAUUAGGAUCUGUUCAAUAUUUAAAAGGAGUAGGGAAAAAGGGAAUUAAACGAUAUAAAUCGGAUAAAAAGCUCUUAAACCGCACUGAUGAAAAUUGCACACUGCCAGAUAACAGUAGCGAUAUGGACUUAUUAGAAACAGGAAGCAAUAUAUCUGAAAAACCAGCGAUUAUAAACACUACAGAAAAACCAUCGGCAGAAAAUCAUUCAGAAUCUAACAAAUUCCCUGGUAGAGAAACUAUUGAAAGAAUUCGGAAAGGUUGGAAUGUUGAAGAAGCAAAUACAAUCACUGUAGGUGAUCUCUUUUUAAUGUUUGGUCGUGAAUCAAAAGUUACUCUGGAAUAUUGGUGGGAUUGGCUACCUAAUGAACAAUAUGCUACUGAUUCAUCUAGUAUCAUGCGUGACGAUAGUUUAUGUUCAGUUUUACAAAAGUUAUUGUCACUGGCAAAACAUAAUUAUGGUACAAACAAAGUAUAUGAUAACACAACAGGAAGUAAUGAAACAGUGAUCUCAUCUCGAGUACCGUCUAUUAAGGAAUCUACAUUUAGAAGACCGCUUAUCCCGCAAACAUAUAAUAAAAUUGGCACAGCUGACGCAUUUAAAACGCAACUUGAUAAAUUUAAAACACGUUUUUGUAAACGAGGUAGAACAGUGAGACAAAAGAGUCUCGUUAUACAAAGGGUACUACCCAUUGUAUCCGCGCCAAAUAUGCCGUCGGAAAGUUUAACAACUGAUGCAAGUAAGAUCGGUGGAUCUUCUUUAUGUCAAACUCAAACUGAUAAAAUAGUAGCGGUAAACGCGAGCGAAGUUCAGGAUAAAAGCUUUUUAGAUGCUCUAGAAACAAACGCAGAUGCGAAGAAUUCCAAUUCAAUUAUUACUAGCGCUACUCAAAUUCUUAAGGAGGGCGAACAUCAAUGGUUAAAUAGUGAGGUUGCAGAUUUUUCAUUGAGCAGCUUUUUAGGACAACUUGAAUCACCUAUGAAAGGCUCGCAGAGAAGUCAAGCAGGUGAACAGAUCAUGGAGGACACUCGGCCUUCCUCUGAUGUUGUAUCACAUAUGCAAUGCCUUAUGGGAGAAAAUAGUGUAGACUAUAUGGCAAAAUUUGCAAAUCUGGCUUCACAGAUAGCUUCUGAUGAAAAUAAGAAAUAGAUAGUUUAAGAAUAUUUUCUACAAAAAUAAAUAUUCCGUUCUUGUUUUCAGUAUGAUUCUAGUACUAAAAUAAAGGUGGGUAUUUAUUUAUGUAUGUAUUUAAUUUUUGUAUAGAUAUGGGAUAUAUAAUACUAUUAGGAUGAUCACGAUUUUUAAACCGAACUACACUACAUAGCAUAUUAGUAUGUUGUAAAUACCUAAAUAUUUGUACAUCUCUACAAUAUUGUAAAUACGUAAGAGAAUAGAUAAGUGAUCGCUAUUCUGCUGCUGUUAUAUCACAUCAGUUCCUUUUUCUAAGAAGAAACCGCCGAUCUUGGCGAUAAGAAUUGUCAAUAGAAAUCGCAAUACGAGAGUGAGCUAUUCCAGGUACCUAUUAUAUGUCAAUCCGUGUAUAUUAAUAAUUACUUCUUGAUUUCGAUUAUAACAAUGUGUAAAUAUAACAACUAUGAUAAUAUGACGAAUAUAAUAUAAAACGAAAU